CUUUUCUAAUGCAUGCUAGGUAUCGAUCACAUUAAACUCUUCCCUCUUCUCUCUACUCGCGCUCUCACCUCCCUCGUUUCUCCUCACGCUCUCACCUCCCUCUGCCCAUGCUCAUCAGGUGCUCGCGCGAUCACUAAAGCCUUCAACCCCUAAAACCCUAACACUGAUUUCAACCUCAAAAUUACUCAACAACAGUACAAAUAAGGAGGAGGAAGACGAAUCAACAGCCUAGGGCUCCCUCCCCACGCGUCAAUGGAGGACCCGGAAGGGACCCUUAGCUUCGACUUCGAGGGCGGUCUUGAUGCUGUCGCUCCUCUCGGCGUUGUAGCGGGAUCUGCGUCUUUCUUGCCCUCCGAAACUACCCCUGCUCCGAGCACCGCGACCGCCGGCAAUAUUGGGUCUGCAGCCUCUGACGCAGCGGCCACCGGAGGGAACAUUGCUGGUCGGAGGAGCUUUCGGCAGACGGUGUGUCGGCACUGGCUCCGCAGCCUUUGCAUGAAGGGGGACGCCUGUGGCUUUCUCCAUCAGUACGAUAAGGCUCGGAUGCCGGUCUGCCGGUUCUUCCGCCUCUACGGGGAGUGCCGGGAGCAGGAUUGCGUGUAUAAGCACACCAACGAGGACAUAAAGGAGUGCAACAUGUAUAAAUUUGGAUUCUGCCCAAAUGGCCCAGAUUGUCGUUAUAGACAUGCGAAACUACCUGGUCCUCCUCCUCCUGUUGAAGAAGUUUUUCAGAAGAUUCAGCAGCUAUUCAAUUAUGGUUCGUCGAGCAGAUUUUUUCAGCACCGAAAUAGUGGGUAUAAUCAACAGAUGGAGAAGUCUCAACUUCUUCAAGGCUCUGCUGUAACUAACCAAUCUGCAGAACCCAAAGCUCCUGGUUCAGUCGAACCACUUGUUUCACAGCAACAACCCCAAGAUCAACAAUCUCAACAACAACAAGAACCCCCACAACAACAGCGGCAUCCACAUCAAUUACAACAACAAAACUAUAGUGAAAAUCAGGUGCAGAGCAUCACCAAUGGCUUGCCUAACCAAUCUAAUAGAACGGCAUCACCCCUUCCUCCAGGACAGUCUAGGUACUUUAUUGUUAAAAGUUGCAAUCGUGAAAACUUGGAAAUUUCUGUUCAGCAAGGUGUUUGGGCAACCCAAAGGAGUAAUGAAGCUAAACUUAAUGAAGCAUUUGAGUCCACAGAGAACGUUAUUUUGAUAUUCUCAAUCAACCGGACUCGGCAUUUCCAGGGUUGUGCAAAGAUGACUUCUAAAAUUGGUGGAUUUAUUGGUGGAGGCAAUUGGAAAUAUGCACAUGGAACAGCUCACUAUGGUCGGAACUUCUCGGUCAAAUGGCUGAAGCUGUGUGAAUUGUCUUUCAAUAAGACCCAUCAUUUGAGGAAUCCCUACAAUGAAAACCUACCAGUGAAGAUAAGUCGAGACUGCCAAGAGUUGGAGCCUUUUAUUGGUGAGCAGUUGGCUUCUCUUCUUUAUCUCGAAACAGACAGCGAACUUAUGCAAAUGCUGAUUGCUGCGGAAUCUAAACGCGAGGAAGAGAAAGCAAAGGGUGCCAGCAACGCCGAUGAUACAGCCGAAAAUCCAGAUAUUGUGUUGUUUGAUGACAAUGAAGAAGAGGAGGAGGAUGAGAGUGAUGAAGAGGAUGAUAGUUUAGUCAGCCUCCAAGGAAGAGGAAGAGGAAGAGGGAUGUUUUGGCAACCUGCCAUGCAACUAGCACGGGGAGGAAGACCAGUUCUUGGCAUCCGAGGCUUCCCUCCUGUGAUGAUGGGUGUAGAUGGAUUCGGUUAUGGAGCUGUUGGUCACGAGGGCUUUGGUGCACCAGAUAUUUUUGGAGGACCGCCCAGGGUUUUCCCUCCAUAUGGUGGCCCAAGAUUUUCUGGCGACUUCUCUGGAGCAGGUCCUAUGCCUGGUUUAGGGUUUCCGGGUCGGCCGCCCCAGCCUGGUUACUUUCCUAUGGGUGGACUGGGAAUGAUAAUGGGUGCGGGCCGAGCAUUCAUGGGCGGGAUACCAAUGGCUGGUGUUGGCCGACCCAAUCGUCCCAUUGGCAUCCCACCUUUCCUCCAUCCGCCUCCGCCCAACAACUGGGCUACAAAGAGGGAGCAAAGGAGACCUGCCAGUGAAAGAUACGAAUCUGGAUCAGAUCAAGGAAACAGAGGUCAGGAGACCGCGGGUCAAGAUGAUGAGGUGGGGUAUCAACAUGGAUCGAGGGCUCCAAAUGAGGACAGGUUUGGUGCGGUUAACCGAUACACGAAUGAUGAGAGUGAAAGCGAGGAUGAGCCAGCUCCCAGAAGGUCAAGACAUGGCGAAAACAGUAAGAAGCGGCGCGGAUCAGAAGGGGAACCUGUAGCAGAUCAUUGGGAGGCCCCUUUUAUUGAAGCUUCAAACCAUUGAUAAAAUUGACUACCAUACACUUUUUUUUUUCCUUUAUUUAUUUGAAUGUCAUUAGUUAUACAAUUUGUUGUCCUGCAACUCUCUUUAGUUCUAAUCUGUAGUAUCAGGAUAAUCUGCUUGCAGUGAUGUAUGCAUAUCCUCAGAAGAGAGCUCAUAUGUACAAGUAAACUUUUUCUUACUCCGUUUUUGUCUUUUUUUGUUAGUCUGUAAAGUUUGCUAAAACAUUAUUGUAUUUUCGUGUGCUUAGAGUUUAGGAACUUGUAGCCAGAACCAGAAGCUAAUGGUUCGUGGAACACUUUCAAAGAUAAACGUCAUAGUUUAAUUGUUUAUUCUCCAAUGAUGUACCUAA